UACACAGGUGUUCGACUGCGACCGGUGCUGACACUGGGCUGCAUCAGUUUGUCUUCCUUGCGAUCCCGAGGACGCAAACGAAAACACAGGCACCGCCUUCAAUUUCUAUCAUAAUACACACUACUGCAGCUUCACGGCUUUGCUUUCUUUGUUUGUGAACCCUUGUGGCAACCGACACUGUCUGUUCAGUGCACGCUGUAAACCCGGUCCAUGGCUGCGAUAGGCUAGUUACAGUAUCUGUCGGAUUGUCGUGGCGAUAGCUCCCAAGCAAAAUGUUUGAGCCCGUUUCUAUCACCCCCAGCAUCACCGCGGCGUCGGUGUACCGCAAGGUGUCAUGGGCCAUCCUGCCGCUGUUCUGCCUCAUCAGCGGCGCAUGCUACAUCGACCGAACCAACCUGGCCUUCGCCUCCCUGCAGCUCAACCGAGACUUGGGCUUCAACGCGCAGGUGUACGGUCUGGGUAGCGGCAUGUUCUUCCUAGGCUACUCGCUGUUCAUGAUCCCUUCUAAUGCACUGGUCACCAAGCUGGGCGCGCCCCGCCUGCUGGGCAUACUGGUGACCACCUGGGGCUGUGUGGCGGCCAGUUUCACCAGUCUUACGUCAGCUCGGCAGUUUUACUGGCUGCGCUUCCUGCUGGGGGCGGCGGAGGCGGGCGCCUUCCCGGGCAUGUGGUACUACCUGGGGGCUUCCAGCUGGGGGGCAGGCUUCCAGCAGCUACCUGUUCUUCCCAGUGGACCAGAUGACGGUGCCGCUCUCCGUCAUGGAGGCCGCGGUGGCGCAGCCAACGUGCUGUCGGCGCCACUGGCGGCGGCGCUGCUGGCGCUGGGCGGCGCGGGCGGGCUGGCGGGCUGGCAGUGGCUGUUCCUACUGGAGGGCCUGGCCACCGUGGCUCUGGGUGUGGUGACUGCCUCCUGCCUGCCGCCCAGCCUGUCCGCCGCCGGCUUCCUCACCGGCCACGAGCGGCACUGGCUCAUGCAGCGCAUGGAGGCCGCAGGCGGAGGCGGCAGCGUGGUGGGCGGCAGUAGCAGCGGUGCGCUGCUGGCGGGAGUCAGCGACCGCGGAGCCGGCAGUAGCAGCAGCGCCGGCUGCUGUGGCGGCGGCGGGCGGAGUCCGCUGCUGGAGGCCCUGUCCAACGGGCGUGUGUGGUACGUGGCUGCCAUGGGGCUACUGAAGAACAUGGCCUCACACGGCAUUCUGUUCUGGGCCCCCAUCAUCACCAAGGCGCUGCUGGAGCACCGCGACAUGGAUCCCGUGCAGCUGGACUGGACACGGCACCGCGGGGGCGACGUGGUGGCCACCGCCGGCCAGCCGGUGGGCCUGGGCGCGGCGGGGGAGCUGGAGGACGGCGACCCGCUGGAGGGCGGCGCGGGGGCGGCCGGCGGGGCGGGCGGGGGGCUGGGUGGCGGCGGCGCGGCGGCGGCGGCGCACAUCAACACGGCGGCGGUGCUGCUGACCGGCAUUCCCUUCGCCUGCGCGGCGGUGAUGUCGCUGUGGCUGGGCCGAAGGUCGCAGGCCAAGCACGAGCGCUCGCUGCACCUGGCCGUGCCCUACCUGGGUGCGGGGCUGCUGCUGGCGUCCCUGCCGCGACUGGCCGCAGCCAGCCCGCCGCUGGCCCUGGCGGCCGUGUCCGUAGCGGUGGCGUGCGUGCAGGGCACCAACAGCAUCAUCAAUAGCUACGUGCCGCUGGUGUGUCCGCCCGGCUCCGCCGCCGUGCCGCUGGCCAUGGCGCUGUACAACGCAGUCGCCAACCUGGGCGGGCUGCUGGGGCCCUGGCUGGUGGGCGAGCUGGUGUGGAGGGGAGGAGGCUACGGCGACGCCUUCCGCGUGUUGGGCGCGGUGAUGGGCGCGGCGGCCGUGAUGGCGUGGCGCACCCGGAGGUGGCCGCGCGUGAACGGGCCCAGCAGCGGCGGCGGGGCGCACGAGUCCGGUGGGCCGCUAGGGAGCAAGAACAGCUUGGAGCUGGAGGAGGCCGUCAGCUUCUGAGGCGCAUGCUGGCGGUGGUGGUGGUGGUGGUGGUGGUGGUGGUGGUGGUGGUGGUGGUGGUGGUGGUGGUGGUGGUGGUGGUGGUGGUGGUGGUGGUGGUGGUGGUGGUGGUGGUGGUGGUGGUGGUGGUGGUGGUGGUGGUGGUGGUGGUGGUGGUGGUGGUGAUGGAGGCGUCUGGUGGUGCCGUGAGGCGAUUGCGACUGCCACUGCCCGAUGUUGUGUGCCGCUGUGCCCUAGGUAGUUUGGGCGUUGUGCAUGUGCGUGUACAUGUGCAGGGGUUUUGAUCGUCCUGCCGGUGUGUGUGGCAGGCACAGAUAGUGUGCUGUGGCUGAGGUGCGAUUGGAUGCGGCUGAAUAGCACGGGUAUACAACUUGGAGUGGUUUGCGUGUGGCUAUCUCAGACCGAGUACCGUAAUACAGGUCCGAGUUUCAAAGGCCGAAGGUUACAUGCGGUUCUGCCCUUUCUAACUCGGGUUUCUGGCUUUCUGGGUCAGUCCCUUGGCGCCCUCCAUACCAUAUUUCGCUACUCACAUGAACUCACAUCCAUCGCGGUCACUUGUGUUCCAAUUUCCGAAUGUAACGACACCCGUUA